GAGUUGAUUACCCAUGAGCAUGUGGUGGCCAUGAUGAAAGCGACUAUCAGAGACACUCAGGACCUGCCUAUGUUUGAGCCAAAGAUGACUCGUUCCAGACUGAAACAGGUUAUCCAGCUGGGACAGUCAGAGAACUGGAGUUUGUCUGCAGUCGAAACAGUGAAGCCCCCUCAGUUUGUUGAUAUAGAUCUAGAGGAGGAUGAAGACUCUUCAGAUGAGGAGUACUGUCCUGAUGAGGAGGAGGAGGAGGAAGACACAACAGAGGAGAUGUUUCUCAGUGAUAUCGACAGUUUGACUUCUCCUCCCAGAACUCUGCAGAGACCUCAACCUGAACAUCCAGAACACCUGAGGACGAACUCACUCCCACAGAGAUUUCCAGGACGUCUGAAGAACCAGGUGAUGACCUCCACCUGCACCCCUCAGCACCUCUUAGCUGCUCCUGAGUCCUCCUUCCUCGAAAGACUGAAUGCUGUGGACGAGGAGCUGGACUGCAGCCCCACCUACACCUGUAACCAGUCUCUGGACAGAAAAAAAAGUGAUGAGAAUGAUGAAGGCAGUUUAGCGUAUCGCACACGCUCCAAACUUCGAUUGGUUAAUGUUCCUCUGGGUCAGCUGGAGGCGGAGCUUCUAGCCCCUGACAUCACCGCUGACAUGUAUGAGCAGAAUCCUGCCCAGCGAGAGGAGGACCGUCAUUGGACGAGGUGGCUGCAGGGUCUGAUGGCCCCGGACAAUGAAGAGGAAGCUGACGAUGAAGACGACCCUGAAUAUAACUUCCUGGAGGAGCACGAUGAACCGGAUGUGGAGGACUACAGGACGGACAGGGCGGUGCAGAUCACCAAGAAGGAGGUGAACGAGCUGCUGGAUGAGCUCUUUGAUACGCUGCAGGAGGAGGAGGAGGAGGAGGAGGAGGAGCAGCAGGUGGAGGAGGAGGAGGAGGAGUCACACCAGGAGUCACACCUGGAAUCACUGACUGGAACUAAGUUCAACGUUCCCAAAGCUUUACGAUUUGAGGCACCGUUAGCUAGCAUGCUAACAGAGCGGCGACGAACGGUCAGACAACAGUAUGAAGCUCUGCAGCAGAAGAGGGCACUGCAGGACACGACCAAUCAGCAACGCAAUAACACACACCUGAACCACACGCCUGCUCCACAAUCACACACCACCACCCCCCUCCAGAUAGUCAGCCCCAACUGCCCCCCCUUCCAACUGGACCACACCCAGAAACUACAGCUGCAGCAGCAGGUCCAACAGCAUGUGCAGCUGCUGACUCAGAUACACCUGCUGACGUACCGUUUGGAAACUCUUAACCACGAAGCCUGCAUCACCAAACAUUACCUGGAAGAGCUGCAGCAGUUUGCCAGGCGUCAGGAGGAGGUUUUAAGACCCAGCAGUUUUAGAGUGUGUAACCUGAAGGGGGCGCUGGAUCUCCUGAAGGAGGAGGGGAGGAGGGGGAAGCCUCCUCCUGCUCCUCCUGCUCCUGCUGCCUCCAGACGCUUGCUCCCCAGCAUGACUCCUUCCACCAACAGUCUGGCCUUCCCUCUGCUUCCAGCCGACCUGGCGUGGCUGUUUGCAACUCGACCCGUGUUCCUUUACCCAGAAUUACUUCCCGUCUGCAACAUGGACGUCGUCAGCAUCCGACAGCAGAGAAAUGUUUACACAGCAGGAGAGGAUGGACUAAUCGUUCUGGGUCUGAAGCACUUCGAGGGGACGGUGGAGCCAGAUCAGCUGAUUAGUUCGUAUCUUCUACGUAAGACUCGAUGGAACUUCAGGAAACACGUCCGAGAGAUGAGCGGGCCCAGAGCGCUACAAAACAAUGUCAUCAAGAUGUUUCUGAUGCAGGGAGUCGUUCCCCCUCUGCCACUUGCCUGCUGCAGAGUUCAGCCAGCAGACCAGCGCCCCCCAGUGGAAAGAAACAGCUCAAACAUGCCGAACUGGCUCAAGAACAGUCAGAUGAUCAUCCAGAAGACUCGUCUCGACUCCAACUCUUACCCUCCCUCCCUUCCACCAGGUUGCACACUAAGGCUCCACCCCUACUGGCUCACCAAAUCCUACCCUCCAGCAACCCCCCACAGACGCAUCUUCAAAUUGGCCCACAAUGCAUCACUGCUGCCCCUGGCCAAAGCCCCAGAAGACAGACAAGCAGAUGUAAAGGCGGACAGACAGGUUCAUAUGCAACCAAUGAGCCUCCUGUCCCUCCCCCUCCAGGUUUUGCUGAACUGGCGGCUUUGUCUCAACCCUAUGGGGCUGUCCCAUUGGCUGCUGUUCAAACAGUCCCCGCCCCCCCUGCAUGUCCUACGGUUACAAAGUCUUGCCUUCCUAUUGGCCAGAGAUUGCAUCAGAGCUUUUUUAUGGAACAGAAGAGCAGCUCCACGUCCCUGCUCCUGCCCCUCCCCUCCCCACAGCUCUGCCCACUGCUGCUCUGCCCACUGCUACCUCCCAACCCACAGCUCUGCCCACUACCUCCCAACCCACAGCUCUGCCCACUGCUACCUCCCAACCCACAGCUCUGCCCACUGCUACCUCCCAACCCACAGCUCUGCCCACUGCUACCUCCCAACCCAAAGCUCUGCCCACUGCUACCUCCCAACCCACAGCUCUGCCCACUGCUACCUCCCAACCCAAAGCUCCGCCCACUGCUACCUCCCAACCCAAAGCUCCGCCCACUGCUACCUCCCAACCCAAAGCUCCGCCCACUGCUACCUCCCAACCAAAGCUCCGCCCACUGCUACCUCCCAACCCAAAGCUCCGCCCACUGCAAACUCCCAACACAAAGCUUUACCCACUGCUACCUCCCAACCCAAAGCUCCGCCCACUGCAAACUCCCAACCCAAAGCUCCGCCCACUGCAAACUCCCAACACAAAGCUCCGCCCACUGCAAACUCCCAACCCAUUGGAGAGAAAGAAGAAGAUGGAGAGAAGGAUAAGGAUGAAGAUCAGGAUCAGCAGGGGGAGGAGGAGGAGGAGGAGGAUGAGGACUUUGAUGACCUUACACAGGAUGAAGAUGAAGAGGAAGUGAUGUCAUCAGCUUCGGAGGAGUCAGUGCUGUCUGUUCCAGAGUUACAGGAAACCAUGAAGCAGCUGACAUGGUUGGCGGCAGAGCGUCGGCUCUGUGCAGACGGAGACUCAGAGGAGGAUCACUCUGUGCAGACGGAGACAGAGGAGGAUCACUCUCCCACCUCCCCCGGCUCUCAGGAGGAGGAGGAGGAAGAGGAGGAGGAGGUGCCUAAGGAGGAGGAGUCUGGAGAGGGAAGGGGAACAAAGGAGAUACAAGGCGAGGGGACGCCCAGAGGAGGAGGAAAUCGUCCAGGACGAGGGAGAGGGCGGAGUCGUCCUCUUCGUGGUCUGAGAAGGAGUCGUCAGGAGCGCCACAGCGUCGACACCACUAAACUGUUACUGCUGUAUGAUGAAAACAUCCUGGACAACGACCCGCACAGAGAGAGCAAAGAUGUUGCGUUCGCACAGAGCUACUUAAACAGGGUACGUGAGGCCCUGCAGGAUUUACCUGGACAGGCUGGGGAGUUUGUGUCUCUGCUGAGUGAGUUUGAGCAGGCGGGAGAAGGACAAGAAUUGAUAAUGUUGUUCAGGAAGCUGCGCUGCAUUCUGGGAGACCGAACUGACCUCCUCAGAGAUUUUGCCGCAUUCCUCCACCCUGAGCAGGCUCUGCAGUGCGGACUGUUUGAGGAGCAGCAGGCAUUUGAACGAAGCCGCCGAUUCCUGCGACAGGUAGAGAUCAGCUUCGGAGAUAAUCCGUCACAUUAUCAGAAGAUCAUCAAAGCUCUGCAGACCGGACCAGACCUGAGUCCAAUCAGCGUCCAGGAGUUAAAAUCUCAGAUGGCCACGCUGCUAAAAGGCCACAAUCAUCUACAAAAUGAAUUCUGGGUAUUUUUUGACAAUCUCCGCCCACCCCCCGCCCACCUGGGACAGUUUGAAGAAGCCCAUUGGCCAGAGGAGGAAGGGACAGAGGUUAUUGGCCAUGAGUCAGGAGGUGGGGCCAGCAGUGGCUUUGAGGAAGUGACCCUCCCAGAGCUAGAAGAGGAAGAGGAGGGGCAAAAGAUCGCACCACUCACAAGCCGGCGCCAAAGGAGAAAAAUGGACGCCCACAGAAAUUACAAGGACUGUGAUUGGUCAGAUAAGGACUGGUCAUGCCUCUGUCCACACUCAAAGAUCCGAAGGCACAGAAGGAAAGGAUGCUCUCGCUGCCAUGGCAACAAGACCUCAGGGGGCGUGUCCAGGGCCAUGAAGAGUCUGGACCCUCUGUACUCUCAGAUAAGAUCCGACCACCAUCAACCAGGUGAAGACCUUGAGAUGAAGGGGGAUGACGACAGUCCUCAGCCCGAUUGCAGCAGUGCAUCAUGGGAAGGCUCGUUCCCCCUUACUGAAGAGAAGGAGGAGGAGGAGGAGGAGCUUGAUGAGGUGGAGGAUGAUGAAGAUGAAGAGGAGAGUAAGAGCAGUGAGAAGGAGCAGAGCCCAACUGUGAAGAGGAGCAAGAGGGAGGAGAUGCUGCAAACCCCUACCGCCUCCAUAAUUAUCACCUCCUCCAUCUCUCCUACCACCUCCUCCACCCCCCAUCCCUCUACCACCACCUCCUCCACCACCACCUCCUCCUCCACCCCCCAUCCCUCUAUCACCUCCUCUACCACCACCUCCUCCUCCACCCCCCAUCCCUCUAUCACCUCCUCCACCACCACCUCCUCCUCCACCCCCCAUCCUCUAUCACCUCCUCCUCCACCCCCACCCCUCUUUCACUCCUCCACCACCCCCAUCCUCUAUCACCUCCUCCACCACCACCUCCUCCUCCACCCCCAUCCCUCUAUCACCUCCUCCUCCACCCCCACCCCUCUUUCACCUCCUCCACCACCCCCAUCCCUCUAUCACCUCCUCCACCACCACCUCCUCCUCCACCCCCCAUUCCUCUAUCACCUCCUCCACCACCACCUCCUCCUCCACCCCCCAUUCCUCUAUCACCUCCUCCUCCACCCCCCAUUCCUCUAUCACUUCCUCCACCACCACCUCCUCCUCCACCCCCCAUUCUCUAUCACCUCCUCCUCAACCCCCAUUCCUCUAUCACUUCCUCCACCACCACCUCCUCCACCCCCAUUCCUCUAUCACCUCCUCCUCCACCUCCCAUCCCUCUAUCACCUCCUCCAUCUCUCCUACCUCCUCCACCACCACCUCUUCAAACCCCAUCCCUCCACCACCACCUCCUCAAACCCCCAUCCCUCUAUCACCUCCUCCACCACCACCUCCUCCAACCCCCAUCCCUCCACCACCACCUCCUCAAAUCCCCAUCCCUCUAUGACCACCUCCUCCAUCUCUCCUACCUCCUCAAACCCCCCUCCGUCUACCACCUCCUCAAACCCCCAUCCCUCUAUCACCUCCUCCACCUCCUCAAACCCCUAUCCCUCUUUCACCUCCACCUCCCCUGUGUCCUCUCAUUUCUCCUCAUCUGUUUACCCCUUUACAUCCCUCUCCUCCUCGUCCACCUCCUCCAUCUGUCCCUCCUCAGACCUCUCCUCACCCCCCUCUGCUCCCCCUCGGCCCAGUCCUCCUCCUGACCUCCCGGUCUGUGCCAAGAACAUUUCUCUGACAGCGAGUGGAGAGAAAGUCAUCCUCUGGACCAGAGAAGCUGAUCGAGUCAUUCUAACAACGUGUCAGAAGGACGGAGCCAAUCAGAACACAUUUCAGGCAAUCUCUAUUCUGCUCGGCAACAAGACUCCCAGUGAGGUCUCACGCCGGUUUCAAGAUUUGAUGCGUUUGUUUCGAACUGCUGCUCGUCACAGCAACUCUGAGGAUGUGACUCCGCCCACAGAGCCAGCAACAGCCAAUGAGGGUGAGGACUGAUACCGGCCAAUCAGUAGAGCUGUGGGUUACAAUCCCAGAACUUUUAUUGUGAAAGGAUUUAAAAGUUUCCUGUAAAAAAAUGUAAAUUUAUAAAAUAAAUUAUUUCAUAUUUU